UUCAAUCUAAAGUUUUCCUCUUUCUCUCUCUUUAAAAAAAAAAAUCCAAAACUCAUAAAACUUCUUUAAGAAUUUCUUACAAAAACAUGCUGGAAGACAGUGGAACUUGUUUUCACCCAGAAGGUAUUUUCCAUUUUAAUAGUUUACAUUGAUCAUCAACAGAUGUGGAAACCACAUCUUUUUGUUGGGUUGGUUCUUCAGUCACUAAAGCAGAGAGAGAGAGAUGCAUCUACUCAAGGUUGGCACUCAGAGAAACAAUGCUGCCUCUUCCUGGCUCAUGAAAUUCAGCUUCCUUUGGCUGCUUAGCCAGCACUGUUGCAGAGCCAGUGCCGUUUGGACUGCUUACAUGAACAUAUCAUUUCAUGUUGGGAAUCGCAUGUUGUCAGAGUUGGGGGAGACUGGCGUGUUUGGAAGAAGCUCCACUUUGAAGAGAGUGGCGGGAGUCAUCGUGCCUCCAGAGGGAAAAACACAAACUGCCUGCAGCCCCAAUACCAGUUUCAGGAAAUUGAAGAACUCGCAGACAUGGCUCGCCCUUGUUGAACGGGGAAGCUGUACCUUCACCCAGAAGAUCAAGGUGGCGGUGGAGAAUGGAGCCAUUGGAGUAAUCAUCUAUAACUUCCCAGGAACUGGCAAUCAGGUCUUUCCCAUGUCUCAUCAGGUAUUUGAAGACAUUGUUGUGGUGAUGAUUGGUAACUUAAAAGGCAUGGAGAUUUUGCAUUUAAUUCAGAAGGGCGUUCACGUGACCGUCAUGAUCGAGGUGGGAAGAAAACACAUCAUCUGGAUGAAUCACUAUUUUGUCUCUUUUGUGAUUGUCACAACCGCUACAUUAGUGUAUUUCAUCUUUUAUCAUAUUCGAAGAGUUUGGGUAGCAAGGAUUCAGAACCGGAGGUGGCAGCGGUUAACAAAUGAUCUCAAGAAAGCAUUUGGCCAGCUUCAGGUUCGGGUACUGAAAGAGGGGGACGAGGAAGUAAGCGCCAGUGGAGAUAGCUGCGUAGUUUGCUUUGAACUCUAUAAGCCUAACGAUACAAUUCGUAUUCUGACCUGUAAACAUUUUUUCCACAAGAAUUGCAUUGACCCUUGGAUCGUAGCCCAUGGGACAUGCCCCAUGUGCAAAUGUGAUAUUCUUAAAGCUUUGGGGAUUCAGGUGGAUGUUGAAGAUGGAACAAGGUCCUUGCAAGCCCUAAUGUCCAACGAAUUGGCUGAUAUCCUGUCAUCUAGUGAAGAGGGCACAAAUAAUGAGCUUCCUCCUUCAGGAAGGUCAGAUAAAGUGACGCGCGUGGAGGAGGAGGAGCCCCUCCCUUCUCAGGACGCUGGCCAGUCUAAUUCAGUAGCAGCGGACAUCCAUGCUCCGCCUUGACAGCAUGGCCUUCGAGGAACUGAAUGAAACCUGUUUGUGAAAUCAGGUCCUAAAUACUGACAAGCAGUUUGUCCAAAGUGUGAUUUUCGUGUCUUUUUUCUUGUUGUUGUUACUUUGGUAAUUUUCUGCAUUUGUCAAUUCUCAGAAAAAAGAGAAGUCCUAGCAGUGUUUUUUUGUUUUUCCUGUUUCUCACCCUUACUAAAUGUAAUUUUUUUGUCAGUGUAUGUUGCUUCUGUGAAUAUUUACAUUUAUUUCUAUGUGCACAUGAAUUUUUUUUUUUUUUUUGGUCACCCCACGUGGCUUGCAGGAUCUUAGUUACCUGAGCAGAGAUUGAACUCGGGCCACCACAGUGAAAAUACUAAGUCCUAACCUUGGGACUACCAAGGAAUUCCCAACCAAGGACAAAAUUUAUUCCUGAAUUUUUUUUGCAUGUAUAUUGGGCUUUAUUUUGGUAGGAAAAUUGUUGAUAUAUUUAUAUGUUCCUUAUAAUACAGAAACCAUCAAUGAAAUUUGAAAAACAUAAAUGAA